UCACUCUCUGUAAUCUUCUUAUCUACUUCUGCGAGACGAAUUUUCAGCGAACCAAACUGAAAUCAAAUUACUACUCAAGUCCUGCAAACUUCUCCAAUGGACGCUGCUGCAUCUGCCGUCUUGGAAGUUGGGGCUGGAGCCUUACAGGCAUUGAAUCAAUUUCUGGAAGACACAGACACGGCGAGAUGUUGGUACGGCAGCGACUAUGGGUAUUUCACCACAUGGUCCUGGCGCAUGCUUCUACCUCCCUUCAGAAAGAGGAAGAUCAACAAUAUCUUCGGGGUCCACGCAGACGAUUGGGAGCAGCUUAUCAGAAACUGCCUCUUGAAUCACAAGGAAUGGAUCCACGCUGCGCAGAGUUCUGACACAGGAGAAUGCUCCUGGCUUCCGCUUUAUAGGGCGCUGCCUGGUGAAAAAAGACAUGACUGGCGUGAGAAAGCACAACAGUCUUCAAGUUACAUAGGAGCUGUUAGAUCACGCCCUGCGGCUCGAUUCGACGUUUGGGGCUUAGUGGUGCUUGCUUUCGCAAAUGGAGCGGGUCUUGAUAUCACCCAUGGCUCAAAUGGAGGCUUUUUCGCGGAGAUGAGCGCCAGGGAUUUUGUUGUUACAGUAUGGCAACAUGAUCUGAGCGGGUCGAUGAUUGGGCACAUCGAGCCAAGGAAUCAAGCCUCGGAACAGCACAUGAUCAUGACUGAUUCAGAGUGGCAAAAUCUGCUUUAUCACGGGCAUUCCUUCAAGGAAGAUCAUCACGUCUUUGGUUGGCCUUCAAAUGGCGAUACACAACACCAGCCACCGAAAAAUUUGACAACGGAUCACCAUGACAGCGAGCUCAAGCAUUUGAUCAUUGAUUAUCAAAUGGUGAAACGACUCCAAAAACAUCUCCUUGGCGCCCUCCGUCAAUGCUACGAGUUCUGGGAUGCUUGUGAUUAUAAAAUUUCAGAAGAGGAGGGACACCCCAAGGAAGCCACGCGCCAGAAGAUUUGUGACAUAAGAAGGCACCUCACAAGCUUCAAGAAAUUCUUGUCGAUGAAGCUGAGCCCAUGCCAUCAAGAAUAUCCAUCAAGGGGGAUGAUGCACUCUACGACGCUACCAGAGACCUGCAUGUUCUGGAUGGCUUAAUCCACAACAAGGCUGUGCUGCAGCCUGCCGAUCAAUCGCAGCCGCGUCUACAUGAAAUAUUGCAGAGCCACAAAAAGGUUCUUGCUCUCAUCCGACUUCUAGUUUUGCCUCAGAAGAUUGACUAUAGUUUAAGCACUCGUGCACUAGGUGUUUCGGUAUCUAUAGUUUAAUGAGUUUAAUAAAAGC